AUGUCUCCGUACAGGAUUGUGUAUGGAAAAACUUGUCAUCUACCUGUGGAGAUUGAGCAUAGGGCGUAUUGGGCAGUCAAAGCAUGUAAUUUUGAUAGCAACAUGGUUGGAGAAGAGAGGAAAUUGCAACUUCAAGAACUUGAAGAGAUUAGGUUGGAAGCUUAUGAGAACUCACGGAUUUAUAAAGAAAAGACGAAAAGAUUUCAUGAUAAACAAAUUGAGGUAAAGGAAUUCCAAAUUGGUGACAAAGAUAUGUCUACUGGCCGAAUUCUUAAAGUGAAUGGACAUAGGCUUAAGAAGUUCCAUGAAGGAGUUAAUGGAUUGGUGGUGGAGGAAAUGGUCCAUAUUGAUGCCAUCUACCCAAGCUAA